AUGCCAGCAGACCCAGCCGAAGUUGAAAAGGCCUUCAAGAUCUUCAAACAUGAGCUGACGUUCCCGCAAGAUGAAAACCAGCUUGCAAUCACAUAUCCCAAUGCACAGCCGCUCAAAUUCGAACCGGCAGAUGAAGACAAGUAUGUGUUUUUUUUCGACAUUGAUAACUGUCUGUAUCCCAAGUCAAGCCGGAUCCAUCAGCUCAUGCAGCGCUAUAUCGUCAAGUACUUUGUGUCGCACCUGUCGCUGGACGACGAGUCCGCAGAACUGCUGCAGCAAAAGUACUACCAGGAUUACGGUCUUGCACUAGAGGGACUCGUCAGAUUUCACCAUAUUGAUGCACUCGAGUAUAAUGCAGAGGUCGAUGACGCGCUGCCGCUUGAGUAUAUUCUUAAGCCAGACGCUGCGCUGCGACUCAUGCUUCAGUCCAUUGAUCGUACCAAGGUCAAGAAACUGUGGCUGUUUACCAAUGCAUACAAAACCCACGGGCAGCGUGUAGUCAAGCUCUUGGGCAUUGAUGAUCUCUUUGAUGGUAUUACCUACUGUGAUUAUGGUCACAUUCCGCUUGUAUGCAAGCCCAAGCACGAGAUGUUUGACAAGGCAAUGCGCGAGGCCGGUGUCACCCGCAAAGAUAAGUGUUUGUAUGUGGAUGAUUCUUAUCUCAAUGUCGAAAGUGCAGUCAAGUAUGGAUGGACCUCAGGCAGUGUUCAGUAUGUUGAUCCUGAUGAUCCGCUCCCGGACCCACCUGCUGGAACUCACGUUUUGCGCUCACUGCUUGAUUUGCCAGUUGUGUUCCCUGAGAUUUUCAUUCUUGACGGCGCGUCCCAGUUUGCUCACCUGAUUGCGCAGCCCACCUAUACUGCGGAUGUAUCGCUUGAUCAACUCAUGGAUGUUGCCGAGCACAAGAAGGAAGAAGUUGCUGUUGGUGAGCAGCAUCUUAUUGCGAGCGCCGCAGCUCGGGCUCGUGCAGAAGCUGCUGUCCCACAAUUAAAGAAACCAACAUAUCUGUCACCAGACUUGGAAAAGAAAAAGCUCCUGGAUGCCGGAUUCGAUACACCAGCUCGAACAGAACCAUCAACCCAUCAGGAAAAGCGUUUGCAAUGGCGCCGCCGUUACAGUCGCCAGCUGGUGGACCCGGCAGUUCUCAAGAAGAUGGCAGCACGGGUGGAGCAGGCAUCAAAAGAAAAGGAGGAUGCCUUGAAAGAGUCUCAAGAAAAGUCAGGCUAA